AUGGUCUACUACUUCACCAGCAAUUUGGUCAGCCCAGCGGCCUACAUCUACAUGGGCAAAGACAAAGUCGAGAACGAGGAUCUCAUAGCGCACGGCUGGCCCGAAGACAUCUGGUUCCACGUCGACAACCUCUCCUCCGCGCACGUGUACCUCCGCAUGACACCAGGUCAAACCUGGGACAACCUACCCACCUCCCUCCUCACCGACUGCGCCCAACUCACGAAAGCCAACAGCAUCGACGGCAACAAAAAAGACAACAUCACCAUAAUCUACACGCCAUGGUCCAACCUCAAAAAAACAGGCGACAUGGCGACGGGUCAAGUAGGUUUUCACAACCCGAAACUCGUCAAGAAAGUCUAUGUGGAGAAGCGCGAGAAUGCGAUUGUGAAUCGUUUGAAUAAGACGAAAGUGGAGAAGUAUCCGGAUUUGAAGGCGGAGAAGGAGGAGAGGGAUCGCGAGGAGAGGAAGAAGGAGAGGAUUGCUGCGCAGGAGAAGAAGAGGGAGGAUGCGAAGGUUGCGGAGGAGAGGGCGCAGUUGAAGUGGCAGAAGGAGCAUAUGUAUGAUGAUGUGCAUACGGAAGAUCAGAUGAGGAGUAAUGAGGAUGGGUUUGAUGAUGAUGAUUUCAUGUAG